AUGCCGUAUCUCAUCGAGUCAAUUGAGUGGCGCCUGAUACGUGAGCUGGGGCGCUCGUUUGGCCAGAGGAAAGCUGGUCAUCGGAUAAAGCCACUUGGUUGUCAUGGACCAGUGCAUCCUACCGUAGAGCACAUCGAGGUGGAGCUACGUCGCCUAUUUAUCCACCAAGACAUCCCACAGAGUGUGAAUGAUGUUGAGUUUGGAGCAUGCCAGGUAGCGUUGAGGAAGCUGUGUCUUCGCCUCGAGGACCUGGUCUCGGAGCAAUUGAUCGCCAGGAGCUCGAAGGUGGGUGCUUCCUCUUAUCCUAGGUUACGGGCUUUGCUUCCAUUCCUCGACUCGGUAGCUCAGACAUUUAAUCUUGUUCACGGUCCCGACACUGCUCUCUUUGUACUUCCUAACAGCGUUGACGAGCUUUACGACUGCCUGGACAUAGCCACAGAGUGUUCCCGAGCUCUCAGCAAGCUGUUAGCGCCUCCUGCUUCAGAACCCAUUCCACAGCCCCCUCGGAAGCAGAAGGCCAAGAACAAAGAUGCUUGGAAAAAGGCGAGGGUUCGAAAGCAAGCCACUUUUGCGCUCGAGACGCUGUUCAAGCACUUUAAAUGUGGCACUGCUCACGAAGUGUUGUUGCGGCUCACGGAAGACACCGAUCAAGACGCUGCGUUGCCAACAUUGCGGAUGAUGCUGUCAAGAUGCCCAGAUCUCGAGUCAUGGCUGGAGGCGCGGUGCGAAUCUUUAAAUUUAACUGAGUCCUCCAUCCUACCAAUCCCUGACAUGCGUACUGUUCUCCCAAAGUGCCUUAAUCACGGAGCUGCCCUGGUUCUAUACAUGGAGAAGUACGCGCUGUUCGGAGCGUGGGAAGAAUCGAAAUUUCCCGCCGUUGAAUCUCGGAGAGAAUCUCUCGGCCAGCUUCUCGCCAAAGGCGUCUUUGAGCCUCCUUCUAGAGAUAUCAGCGCCGUUCUCGAGGGUCUGACACCUUGUAGGUUCAGUACUCGGGAGAAGCAGGCACUUGCUGUCAAAUUGGGGUUCUGUUUGAUGGACUUCUUUGACGCUGAGGUCGACUCAAAUCGAAUCUACUUUCUCGAGUCCAGUAGGAAAGAGAGUCCUCCUUAUCUAGCUUUUAAGUCAAGAUUGCCGGCCACACCCAACCCCUACAACUUCCGCAAGGGACACCCUCAUCCAAUCCUACUGUCAUUUGCUAAGCUCCUCCUCGAGAUAUACUGUGGCCAAGCCAUUGAUCUUGACAUAGGCUCGGAUGACCGCCAGAUUCGAGAUUCCUGGACGAAGCUUCUAGAUGUUGUCGAAACCCUGGAACGGGAUAGGCAAGAUUCUCAACUACAAGCCAUCAGCGGUUGUCUUUUAGUGCACCAAGACAUCGCCAAAGCGCUUGGUUCCGGGAAUAUUGACACUAAGGAUGCGGAAAAAAAGAUUCGCAGGAAGCUGUACAAAAACGUCGUCUGCAAACUACAGCAAGGUCUUGCUGAGUCCACUCCACGAAAGAAACGGCGACGGUCAGAAUCUCCUCACGCGGCAACAGAAUACGAUAGAACGAAAACGAUGAGUCCCUCUGACUCACCGCCGAGAUUCAUGGGACCCGACUUUACGCUGCCUCAGAGAAAGAGACACCGCGCCCCGGACUUCAUGAACAGUCUAUCGAGCGAUACGCGUGGUGGAAACCCUCUAUUGACGGAGGCGAAUGUCUCUCCUCCGACGUCACGAGAUGACUUUGAGGUUGCGAUAGUCUGUGCAUUACCGGUUGAAUACAAUGCCGUCUCACUACUCGUCGACGAGUUCUGGGACGAGCAUAGUGGUGCUUCAAGUGCUCGGGGUGACACUAAUAGGUAUAAGACGGGCCGCAUCGGCAGGGUCAAUGUUGUACUAGUACUGCUUUCCAAUAUGGGGAAGGCGAGUGCUGCAAGCUCAACUACAAGUUUGGCUAUGAGCUACUUAGGGCUAAAGCUUGUGCUGCUCAUCGGCAUCUGCGGUGGAGUCCCACAAACGAGGGCUGGACAAGAGAUGUUGCUCGGUGAUGUGGUAAUCAGCAACAGCGUCAUACAGUAUGACCUAGGAAGACGCUUUCCUGAUAAGUUUGCUAUGAGGGAUGCCCCGGCAGAUAUGCUUGGUAGACCGGACAAGAACAUUCGGAAUCUGGUAGCUAUCCUCGGUACAGACUUAGAGCGACAGGGCGUCGAGGAACGCACAGCCUUGUUUCUCAAACAAUUACAACAAAAAAGCUCCAAUUACCAGUAUCCUGGAGCCAGCCAGGAUCGACUCUUCAAAGCUAGCUUCCGCCAUGGACAUCACUCUGCUGCUUCAUUAGAUGACGUGUGCUUGUGCAACACCACACAGACUACGUGUGAAGAAUCCCGUGGGUUGUCGUGCAAGAUGCUCGGAUGUUUAGAUAACGAUGAGAAUCUUGUCACCCGCAAGCGUAUCAAGACCAAGCAACUAAUGGAGCGUGCCGGCCGCCCCGAUGAUGCUCAAGCCCCCUCUAUCUUUGUAGGCCCAUUUGGAUCAGGAGAUACGGUGCUCAAGUCUGCCAAAGACCGUGAUGAUAUUGCUGGCACGUAUGGCAUUUUGGCAUAUGAAAUGGAAGCGGCCGGCGUCUGGGAGACGAUGCCCUGCAUCGUGGUGAAGGGCGUUUGUGAUUACGCCGAUAGUCACAAGAAUAAGGCAUGGCAGGCAUUCGCAUCCGCAGCAGCUUCGUCGGCUGCGAGAGCACUAUUGGAACGAUACAUACAAGAUAAUGUCUUUUAA